AUGGCUUACAAGGGCACUUCCACAAAGGUCCACGUCGUGCCAUCGGAAUCUCGCAUCCCGGACCAUGCAAGCUCCAUGUUCGGAGACGGCCGCAGCUCCAUUGGACGCGCCACUGGCCGCUCGAGCAAGCUAUCCCAAUCCUACUCGUCGCAAACCGUAUCUCCAACUCACCCGCAGCUGCCGACUGGCGCAUCUACUCCGCGCCAGAGUGAGAGAAAGAAGGUUCUCAUCACACGACUCUUCCCGGUGACCCUCGCUGCCGACGACUUGGAUUCCACCGUUACGCCUCCCAGCCGGUACUCAGAUGACAAUGGCGGCUUUCCAUUUCCUCCCACCGGCGACGAGCCCGCCCAAAAGAAGAAGAAACCGCAGCCAAAGCAGCGGCGCACGCCAAUGUACGCCGUAGUCCUUGUCGUACAACUCCCACCGUCACCGUCACGCAUAUCUUCGGCCGUACCUCCUAAGCCUGUCUUUCGCGAGCCAGGAUCGUACAAUGACCAAGACCUCUUCUCCUCGUCCUACAGUUCAACUCGUAUGUCUGGUUGGAACAUGUCCGGAUCGGGCCUUUACGGCGAAACUACCGACUCAUCCUUUUCCAUUGAUGUCGAAGAUCGCAUCGAUUCGCUUACGAAGCACUGGGACAUCAUCAUGCGCACUCUGACUCAUCUCCAAUCCAUUGCUGCAUUUAGGUUGCACACCAUGCUUAAGCAAACCGACAUGGCCUCUCCAGGUCCUUACUCAGCCUCUUGGGCAAACAUGAGUGCCAGGAGGCCGUCUCUUCCGACCGAGAGGCGCCUGGACGAAUCACGAGUCAAGCCGUCUAAGGGUACUACUAAACUCGUCUCCUUGCUGCCUAACUGUCUCUCAGAUGACGUGCAUAUUGCAUCCGAGGUUGGUCUUGCCAGAUCCAGAAUUGUCAUGGGCCUGAGCGCCUCCCGUGUUGUUACAGGACAGGGACGCUGGGGAAUUUGGCGAGACGAAGCUAUCUGGACAUGCAAAUGGGCUGUUGCGCUUAACCAAGGCGUCUUCCUCCACACUCUGCUUACUGGAUUUUUGGCCACGCACGUUGACUGGCUUCAAGCGCUCAGCUCUCCCGCGUACAGGAGGCGAGCACUGCUCCGAAAGCAGAACCAAAACGAAGAUGAUCUGUCACUGCCGGCGCGAACCAUUAUCGUUUCAGACGAUAAGAUGGCCGCACGACGCAUCAUAUUCUUGCUUUCUGCUUUCCUGCCGGCGAACCAGCACGUUCCCGGUCCCCGAGUGCAUCGGCCAAGCACUUCGGCUUCGGUUGGUGCCUUCUCAAACUCUCCUCCCUCCUACGUUGUCCCUGUUGUCCGUGAAGAGUCUCUUCGCCGCAAGAUCAACCGCCGCACCGGGCUUGGGCGUGUCUCCCACUCCAGGACAGCAAGCCAAAGCACCCGGAGCGGCACGGUCUCGUCUCAAACGGGACACUUGAGCGCUGCGGACCAAGCGAGCCACCACAGGCGCGCUUCCGACGCUGCUUCCAUCCGGACCACCGGGCUUCCAAUUCCGGGCCAUGACUUGAUGAGCCGGAAGAGCAGUGUUGCUACUUCCACUAUUAUGCAGGACUCAACAAUCCCGCACUUUGCAACUAUCCAACGGGCCGAUAGUCUUAGGUGGCGACGACCCGGAAGCAGUGGCAGUGCUGCUGCUGAUGACCUCAAGCGAUCCCUGAAAAGGGGCGAAAGCGGCACAGCAGGAAAUGCGCGGCCCCCAAGCCAAGGCCUGCGAUGGGGCAACCUUAUGAGUGGACUGUGGAGCGCACGCCGCCGUGAGUCAAUGGACAGCGGCAGCACGUAUAGCCAAGCCAGCGACCUUCGGUCACCAAUCAAGGCGGGCUUCUCUCAAUCAAACAAGCUUUCCGACCUGGCUCAGCUGUCUCUCGCUGAAGAAGGGCCUGAUAGACGACUGGGAAACCUCCGCCGGGCAAGCAAUGCUAGGGAUGUCGACGUCACGCGGGAAACCACCGAGCGCGGCCGCAAGUCCUUCACCCAGAGCGAUAGGACACCUGAUCCUAACGGCGCCUUUGAGUCUCCCGUCAAGACUUCGAUCAACGCAGACGAUGGCGUCAUUGAUGUUGAUGUUCCAUUCCCGGAUUACAUUGCCUCAUUUGAAUCAGCCAUCAGUUCUCCCUCUAGCAGCGGGUACCUUUCGACGCCUGGGUUGCCCGGCCUUGACUCCUUUGAGCAGACUGGACGCAUCUCGAUCGACGGCGACCUGCCCCUUAACGCGGCUGGCUGGUUAAAUCGCUUUCAUCCCGACUUUGUUCUACAAGGCCUUCCUCCUCAAGAAGGCCUCCUUGAUAAGAUCAAGGCCUCGCUCCAGGCUGAGCCCACUCCGGUAGUUGUCCAAUCUGAUGCCAACGACGUGGCUGAGCGCUGGGUUGAUGUCAGCUCGGCUCUUGUCGCCGACACCACCACCGACUCGAUUCUCCGCAUUACCUACCGCAGGCUAGUCAAGCCAAGGCCGACUGUGGAAAAGCCUGUGAUUGGAGGUGUUGCCAUCACUCCCUCGGUUUUGCCUCAUGAAACGACGUUGGAUGAAGAGUGGAUCGAGGAAACAGUAACCGUGCCUGAUGAGAAUCUUGCAGAUGCCUUGGAGAAGGUUAUUCACCUCAUCCCAGACUCUAGUAAAGAGCACUCUUCUGCCUCUUCCCAGGUUCAUGUUGAUAUCCUCGGCCCUAUCGAGAGUGGUGGCAGCAGUGCCAUACCGGAUACGCUCUCGGAGUCAACGCAGAUGCCGGAGCCUCCACUCGAGAUACCGCGGAGACAGUGCAAGACGGUUGUGCUGUCUGCUUUGGAAGACACUAUCCGAGAGGUUAUCGACAAUGACGACGGCAACAAUUUUGGACGCAACAAGCAAGGGCCAGCUAGCGAGAGCGUUCUGCGUGACGCGGUUAGGCAGUGGGCAAGCACUCUUGACUCUAGCGAAUAA